UCCUCAUUCUUCUUCUUUCUUCUUGUAUUUACUGACCCCUUUUUGUUUAGAUUGGAAAUUUCAAAUUCAUUAUAGGAUGUCGUCCUUCGACUCAUUUCCUAAUGAGGACGAACCCCAGAACCUGUCCCCCACCAUUCAACCUUUCAAUGACGAUGGUUACAUGGGCUACGACUCGUCGUUCAACCCUCCCACCCAAGUCGACUUCUCCUCCUCCGACCCACCACCUCCGUCUCAACCACUCCACUCGGAUUUUCAUGACGAUGUUGUUCUUCCCAACGAGCAGCAGCAGCAGCACUCACCUGACCCCUACGGAGGAGGAGGGUUUGGAAUUGAAGCCUCCAACCCCAACCCCAAUGACUACGCGUUGCCAUUUGAUUCGGCGGUUUCUGAGAGCAAUGCAGAUGGUAAUAAUGAGGGUGACAUUUUCACUUCCGAUGGGCCGGUGCUUCCGCCUCCAGAACAAAUGCGUGAGGAAGGCUUUGCACGCCGUGAGUGGCGCCGUCUAAAUGCCAUUCAUCUUGAGGAAAAGGAGAAAAGAGAAAAAGAGAUGCGAAAGCAGAUUAUUGAAGAAGCUGAAGAGUUUAAACGGGCCUUUUAUGAGAAAAGGAAGCUCAAUUGUGAAUCUAACAAAGCUAACAAUAGAGAAAGAGAGAAGCUGUACUUGGCCAACCAAGAAAAGUUCCACAAAGAAACUGACCAGCAUUACUGGAAAGCAAUAGCGGAGCUCAUUCCUCGAGAGGUUCCUAAUAUUGAGAAGAAGAGAGGGAAAAAAGAUCCUGAUAAGAAGCCUUCAAUCGUUGUCAUCCAGGGUCCCAAACCUGGGAAACCUACAGAUCUUUCACGAAUGCGCCAAAUUUUUUUGAAGCUAAAACAGACCCCUCCUCCACACAUGAUGCCUCCUCCACCGACACCUGCCAAAGAUGGCAAGGAUGCAAAGGACGGAAAGGAAGGAAAGGAAGGGAAAGACACAAAGGACGAAAAUGAUGGAAAGGAAGGGAAAGACACAAAGGAAAGGAAGGAUCCAAAGAAUGAAAAAACAAAUACACCAACUGCAGUUGGAAAAACACCAAUCUCACCUUCCAAAGGUGUUACUGAUAAUGGUACAAAGGAUGCUUCAACACCAAAGGCUCCUGCUGAACCAAAAGUUGAGCAAACUGGUGAACAUGAGGGUCAGCUACCUGCUGAACCCAAAGGUGAGCAACCUUUAGAACCCAAGGGUGAGCAACUCGCUGAUGCAAGGCCAACCCUUAAAGAGUGAUGUUACAUCCUGCUAUUUUAAUUUUUUUUAUUUUCACUCAUCAGGAAGAAUAAGCACAGUCAUAUAUUGAUGCUCCAGAGUCUGCAGCAUGAAGUGUACAGUCUGCAGAGAUUUCUUUCCAACUUGCUUUAGGGUUUUGUAGGUUAGCUUCAUAAGUGAACUACUUUUUUGUGUUCACUCUUUUUAUGUUGACUACUUAGCUAUUUGAAAUUGCAUAUGUUCUAUGGUUUGGCUUCCUAAUACUUGGGUAUUGUACUUGUUCAUCUCUAACCAUCAGUUUGAAUAUAUGUUGAAAGGCAAGGUAU